AUGUUCCUAACAGUGCAGGAUUGUGUGAAUCAAAUCAAUGAUAGUGUUGACCAACUAACCCAAGCCAUCAAAGAACUUAAAAAGUUGAACCAAUUUAACAGCAUCGUCAAUGAUAAAGUGUUGUGGCACAUAAGUAAUGUUGAGACAUGGGUUAGCACUGCCUUAACAGAUGCUAGUAGUUGUGUACAAUCAUUUCCUGGUCAUAGAAUGAGUAAAAGCGUUGCAACAAUUAAGGUUAAGGCAAAGAAUGUUGCAGAAGUUACUAGUAAUGCACUUGCUUUGUUUCAUAGUUAUGCUUCUAGGUACAAACUUGCAGCAGCUGGAACAACCAAGAAGCCUUGA